UCUGUCGGCAACCGUAUUGGCGCUAGUGACGCCUCGUGUGUGUCACGUGAUAAAAUAUUUAUCUUUACUUUUUUGAAAAAGCAGGAAAAUAUUAUUGUUAGUUCAAAUUGCGAUUCAAGUGUAUGAGUUUAUUUAUUUGCAUUUUGCAAUGGAACGUAUAUUAAAGUGUUGUGUUCCAAACUGCAGUGAUGAAACGUCGACGUGACACCGUUUCCCCGUCUAUGAGGAACAUGGAUUUUAAUACCUGGAUUUCUAGAAUCGGUAACGAGAAAAUCAAAGGGAAACAUCCAUUGGACGUGUACAAAACUUAUUACGUGUGUGGUCAGAAUUUUUUGGAAAUGUGUAAAGUGCCUAAUUCCAAGAAACUGAAGCACUCAACGAAAAUCUGAAAAAUAAACAUCCAUAACAUGCACUUUUUCUUAUAGUCGACCACCUUUCGUAACAAAAUAAGCAUUUUUAAUUAAUAAACCUGACGUCGGUUAUCAAUAAUUUAUUAACUUAGCCGGUAUACGAUGAAUAACUAUCUUGUUAACCUUGUUGGGUCUUGAAAAACAAAUUAACAUGCGUACCACAUGCAUGUUUUACAGGAGACUCAUUCGUAACAAUAAAAGCAUUUUUCAUUAAUAAACCUUGCCUCUAUUAGGUCCCUGAGGAGUACGGCUGGUAUACGAUUUAUCAUUUUAGUUUGUUACUGUAACUUACCAGUUCAUUCAUUGAGAGUAGAAAUGAUUUGUACUGUAAUGUUAUUGGCUAUUUGGAGUUAAUCUGGAUAUGCAAAAAAUUUUCAAUUUCAUCAGUAAUGGAAGCAGCUCUUGCAAAUUAGUGCACUUAUUAUUAGUUUGUGAUUAUUUAUCGAUGUAGCUUUUCAUACACGCAGUCAUACGUUAAGGUUGAAGAAAUGAAAAAUUUGGCUAGUCCAUGUAACAAGGCUUCUGUGAUGAGGCAAGUCAAGAGAAUUCUUUUUUGUUUCCUAUGCGAAAAGUUCAAGAAGAUUAUUCAGUCUCCAAAAUUGGUUCAGAUGGAUCAUCAUCUACGCAACAGCUCAUCACAGACUCACAAAGCCAUGCAGUAUUCAGUACUCCACAGAAAGAUGCUGGGAAUUGCUUUAUGAUUUUAGAGCAUCAUUUUCGCAAAACGGCUCACAUGUAUCAUCAUGUACAGAACAGGUGGCCACAGAUUCACAAAGCCGUACAGAAUUACAUGCUGCACAGAAAGAUGUAGGGGAUUGUUCGUUGAAACUGGGAUCUGUACGGGAAUCUUUUAGAGGUGCGACAGAAAAAGAAGUGUCGUAUAUAACUGGAAAAUGGCUUAUCCAAGCCAAAUUGAGGGCUGACAGAGAGAAAUUGUUCCAGAACAGCUGGUCGGAGCAGUUUGCUGAGAGCUGUUAAUGUCACGCGGCAAGAUGACUUGACCCCAAAGGCUACAUACUUGUACAAGGUAGCAGCAAAACUGAAACGUCAGGCAAGUUUGUUGUCCAAGAAAACGUGUUCAUUUCGUAAACUUCUACGAAUGGCAGAAGAUGUUAGUGCCCGGCUGUGUCUCCAAGAUUUGGCUGACCAUGUGGAUUAGGUUACUUACAAUUUCAUAAUGUCACAGGUCCGAACCCAGAAACUAAAACCCCGUGGCAGAAGGUUUACGUUAAAUGACAAAGUUCUAGCUCUUUCGCUAUACCGACAAAGUGGACAAUAAGGAAGUUGUACACAUAUUUGAUCCACCACACCUACUCAAAGGGAUUCAAAAUAAUCUUUUGUCCAAAUAUGUUAAAUUUAUAUGGAAAUCAAAUGCCCGCAAAGCAUCUUGGAAACAUGUAUUACAGUUUUACAAGUUGGACGAGCUAAACUACUGUCACAGGAAUUGUACCUAUUAUUCUCAAUGCUACAAAAAUGUUUGGGUAGGUAUAACUGAAAAUACAUCGUCUUGUUCUCCAUCGUAGACAAGGGCCAACAUUUUUAAUUCCUCAUAGAGUUCCACAGCGUCAAUAUCACUUUAUCUCUGGCGCUCAAUGAAAUUUGUAGCUCUUGACAAUUAUUCAUCAGAUCUUCAUCACUCAUGUUCUGUAGGCCCUUGAUUUGAUACAUAAAGCCAAACUUGCCUUUAUAGGUCUUCAAAGCUGCAAAUCUUGGCUGACAGCUCAUUCGUAUUGAAUCUACUACCACCAGAAAAUAGUUUAUUUUGAAAUUAUCUUCAGGUGGAAGCUCGGGAGCUUCAUCUUCUCUUUCAUAGAAGAACAUUUUCUUUUACGCCGUCUUCUGCUGUUCUUAAACACGCUAUUGAUGCCAACUUCUUUUGCUACUUCUCUUGCUGUUACCAAUGCCGCAUUGAAGCCACUCAGACGAUAUUUAUCUAACCACUUGAAAAAAUGUUUCUAAGUGCUUAACUGCCAUACCUAAAUGCACAUUUACGUUUUGCCAUAACUUACUGAUGGUGUUUAUUUUGACAAGAAUAUUGUACCACACCACAAGAGAUGCAACAAACUCUUAUGUAGUAAUUUUGUUUUCUAAUGAUUGACACUCACUUAUUAAACCACAGUCUGUGUUACUCUUACGAAGACUUGACAAAGCAUCACAAACAUUGCUUAGCUGAUACCUCACAGCUUUUACAGAUUCAAUUCUGGACUCCCAUCUGGUUUCGGAAAGAGGUUUGAGAGAAAUGUUGACAUACGACUUCAGAAUACCCCAUCGUUCACUUGAGCAAGAGAAAACUGUGUACAUUCUUUGCAAAAGACCAAAAAAUGUCUGCGCAUGAGCACAAGAUGAAGCAGCGUCUCCCAAUACUAAGUUCCAUCUGUGGCUUCUACACGGUACAAAGAAUGCAAGAGAAUUAAUGUUGAGUAGCCUUCUUUGUACACCGCUCUUUUCCCCACGCAUGUAAGCACCAUUGUCAUAGCCUUGACCCCUACAGUUGACAAUGGACAAGCCUAACUCCUCCAAUUUGUUUAUUAUGUAAUCGGCCAGCUUUUCACCUGUAGUUUUUCUACAGCUACAAAUUCUACUAAAUUUUCCUCAAUUUCUGCAGUGUCUUGGUUUGUUAUUCUUAGAAUUUUUGACAAGUAUUCAAUCCGAGCUAUAUCUCGAGUGCAGUCCAAAAUGAUUGCAAAGUACUUAUUCUUUAAUACUUAAUCUAUUAUUUUAGCUCUAACAUGAUUGGCCAUUAUGUCGAUAAAUUCAUUCAGGUAGUGGUUUCUUGUUUAUAGUUUGGUGCAAGUACUCUCGCAAUGUUGGGUCAAAUCGUGCAAUCAAAUUAACCAAAUCCAAAAAAUUUCCACUGUUAUUCGAAUUGGACAACCUCUCUUCAUGCCCUCUGAAAGCCAACUUAUGAUUAGCCAAAAACUGUACGAUGGCUAAUAGCCUUUCUAAAAUGUCUCUCCGGCGUUGUUGUUCAGCUCGAAUCUGGGCCUGGGUUUGUGAAUCAAUAGUUUUUUAUCACAAGAAAGGCCGUUUUUUAAACUAAGCCAUUUUACCAUGCAUUCUUUGUGACACUUGCUCUUUUCGUGAGACUUGAGCACCUCGGAUAGAUGCUUCCAGUCACUCAUACCUUCAUUAUAUCCAAGGGCACUGUUGGGAUUAGGUCUUAGAGAGAAUAAACGACAUGCAAAACAGUAAACAGCAUCUUUUGACUUGGAAUAAACUAACCAUCGCCUAUCUUGCUCUUCACCAUUUAUAAGUGUUUUUAUAUAAUGUGUCUAAAAUGUCGACCACUUUAAUUUUUGGGGUAAUAUUUAUUGUAUAUCCUCACAGGGCCGUUUUGAACCAUACUAGUUAUUUGUAAGACACUUAAUUGUUUAGGCCAUAAAAAAGGGUCACUCACAGUUACAUUGGUAGGUAAGGUAUCGAUUUCCUCACGGAUGUCGAAUACCGCAUCGUUAUCCUCUAAUGGCACAUGUGCAGAUGAUGAUGACGUCGACUCAGGAUACAUCACCUCGUUGCUUCCGAAAGGUGUAUCACUGUGGCUACUGAGUCCUACAUCUGCAGCGACAGUAACUUCUUCCUCUGCCAUCGUUGAAUCUCACACGCACAGAUGUUCAGAUGACACAGACAUACACUGGGAACAUUGUUUUUCAGGGGUUUCUGCCCGUGAAUUUCUCAAUCAUGAAAUCUUCUGCAAUUUUCACUAAAUUAUGAGUUUCAGAUAAAGUUUUUUUUUCUUCAAGAAAUUUUUCUAACAGUUUUUCUAAUUUUUUAUUUGAUCCACUAGGUAGGUAAAGAUUCAGCACUUUUUGUUUUUUCCUCAAUUUCUUUCAGUUAAAAAUCCUGUAAGUUUUGCUCUCUAUCCAAAUAUGUUUUUGAUAUAUCAUCUGUCAAACUUAUCCAUAUUUUUCGUGUUUGAUGUCUUUUAUCUAAUGAUUUACUGACCUUGGCAUAGUUUGGAGUAUUUGUAACUGCUUGGUGUAGAUUUGCAGGUUGGUGUUCGAGUGGAAUUUCAAAAAUCUGCCCAUCAGGUGGAACUAUUGAGGUUAUGCAUAUGGUGUUUGAUUUCCCAUCUGCUGUUGGUUUCACAGCAAAAUCAAACCUCAAUUUUUCCAUGUUUCGUGAAAUAUUUGCAGAAAAUGUUGUUUUAUAAAUAUGUUUCACUCUUGUUUAAUUGGUAAAAUGAAAUAACAUUUAAAGCCAAAUAUAGAUCAUAUUCUCUUCAAGAAAGUAUAUUGUUCACAAUAAUCAUAACCCACUCUCACUUUUCAUUUAAUUAAAUGUCACAAUAUAUAGUAGGUUUUGUUUAUAUCGCGCCAAAGACAAAUUGAAAGAAAAGAGUUCACACAUAGCGAAAUGGUUUUUUUUACAAUGUGCGAACUCUUUUCUUUCAGUUUGUCUUUGGCGCAAUAUAAACAAAGCAUACUAAAUAUUGUGAAAUUAUAUAAAUUGACAAAAAUCUUAUUUUGCAACUUUAUCUAUAAAAAGACAACAAGGCUGAACAGAAAUGUUUUCUUCUUUUUCUAGCUGCUGAAUAGCUGUUGACUCGUACUUUCUUCCAUAUGGCAGUGAUGGAACGUUGAGAAUGUCAGGAGAAUAUAUAAUGCAAACACCAUUUUCUUAACGAAGUUAAAUUGUUCUUUACAGAAUUGGGAAAUAACGCGGGUACGAGCAGUAACUGGACUCCAGCCGACACACAACAAGAGAACCUUCCCCUCCAGGGGCCCUAUUCUUGACGCUGCCGGAAUGAUCCGCAAGUUUCAACCCGCUAGACAGCUAAAUGUCUAUUCUUGAAACUGCUUUUGCUGCUACCGGAAUCAACAUUGUCGGGUUUAAGAAAUGUCUUUAUGGAAGUGUGGCAACGUUCAAUAUUGUGUUGACGUCACUGGUAGAAGGCCAAUCACAACGAGGGAAGAACCAUUUAUUAUUAAAAGUUAAAUGUUUUCAUAUACUCAUAUCUUUUCUCUAGUUGAUGGACGUGGAGGUUAUGAAAUGAACAACUUUAUUUUAUGUUAGAAAAAGUACUACAAACAUACAAAUAUUUGCGAAAUUAUUUACAAAUUCAUGUGUUUUUUUUUAUUAAAAUUUACAAUUCUUAUACCUUAAAAGUACUCAUUUUUUUAGUUUAUUGUUUCUGCUUACUUGAUAGAAUUUAAAAUUAUUAUCACUUAAAAGUAAUCGUUUCUUAGUUUGUUUCUGCUUACUUUGCCGCAACUUUUUAUGUUAGUGUAAAAUUUGAGGUGAAAAUAAAUUUUAUGUGGUGUUUCUUGAUUCAGCAAACAAUUGUGAAUGUGCACAUUAAGAUUUUUAUAACUGCAAGUCAAUACAAAAUUAUAGAAUUUUAUGAACAUCAUCUGGCAAUUAUCUCAUGGUGCGGGGGGAAAUGUGUAAAAGUUCCAUAUUGCGUAUCCAAGUUAACUUGUGAUCCUUGAGGGCAUACGGUGUUAUGGAGGAAAUAUCGGAGCGAAUUAGUGGGCGCCACCACGUGAGUGGGCACGUGGACCCGGCGAGAGACUCUAACCCAGGGCGUUACGUGGCCCGUGUGCGGCGAGAUAUUUGGCCCUCUGGAUAUUGCACACGCCGCUCUCGACCCUACCUAAGCCCGCUCUCAGCGUCGGGCACGCUUCUAACACGCAGUGGGUUCUCAGGGCGUCCCACACGCCGCUGACCAGGUUGGGGUCCCACGUGGUCCCCCGAACACAAAGACACGUAACACAGUUAAUUAGUUUAUUGUACUCACGAUUUAUUUCCGUACACGUUCUUUCACUGGUACAACUGAUAAAAUGCCCGGGGCACGAAUCGGCUUAGAUGAAGAGGCGGACCACGCACGUGGCCGCCCCAAGUCGUUACGUAUUACGAUGGUGAUAUUAAAAACUCCGAUAAGUUAAUAUUAAUUAUUUAAACAGUCUCUCCGACCGAGAGAGGCCCCGAGGAUGAAGAAAGAGAUUCGAAUAAAUUAAACUAUGGAAUUAUUACUCAGUGACUCAACGGUGAUGUCCUCGGGGUGUCGACAGAGACGUCCGCUCUCGGCCGGCUGUAGAAGGAGACUGGGGUGAGAUCAUGGUUUGCAGGUGGCAACAUGGCGCCCUUCGCGCCGAACACAAUUACCGUUACAACACUCUGCGAUUCCGUGCCCCGGCGAAAGUUAAGUAAAUAAUAGAUUACAUUAAUAAUUAUAUAAAAAUUACUGGCAAUUUAAUAUACGUUAAUGCUUACGUAGUUAUUGAGAAUUAUUAUAAACAUUUCUACCCUCGGCCAAGUCCGUGCCUAUUCGGGUCCGCCCGGGCAACGUCUAUAGUUUUAUAUUUAACAUAAUAUUUAAAUUAAAGAAACACCUGAUUAAACUGUAACAAAACACUGGGGCAAAAGAAUACAAGAAAAAGGGUUACAAUGUGAAUUAAUAUAUUUAGGGGUGCGGCGCACUGCAUCUAAGCGCCCUCUUGCUGUAGUUCGUGGCGCGCAGUUUGAAUCGCACACGGCUACGUACGUUACGACACAAAUGCCGGGUAGGGAAGGUGUUGGUAAAGGGAACGGAGGAUGAUCAGGCUCAUGGGGCGAAGCCCCGGCUGACGUCAAUUGCCCCCCUCUCGAAUAGCCUGUCAUGCCGACGUUUCCUUUCGUGCCCGGUGGGCGUGUCCGCUCCUGGUGUGCGCGCUGUCUUCCAACGUCCCUAUCGCACAGCAUCUGGGUUCUCGCGCGGGCAUGCAGCUGGUAUCGUGGCGCCGGGAUCGGUGUCUCCGACGCGGGAUCUACCGCCGCCUCCUGCGCCGUCUCAUCCUCCGGCGGCUCCUCCACUGUCACACUAAACGUAGCGUCCGCCAGAGAGAAGUGUAGCGGCCACAGCGGCUCGUCUGGUGAUGCCGGUCUAACCUCCUCUCCCUCUGGCUCCCAUACGAGUGGUUGGGGCUCUGGUUGGUCUGAUGUUCCGGCCGUGUCACUGAGGAAUCCCCUGAAGGGUGAGGCCCCGUCUCCCGAAUACUCAAACAGUCGCCUUGGUCGGGUAGUCGUCGUUGCCGCGGGUGUCCCCUGUCCCGCCUCUACCUCCGGGAAGCCCCUGAACCCGUCCCCAUCCGCGUCCGUUGGUGUGGACGUGGCCGGUUGUGCUGCCUCUCCGCCGCCCGCCACGUUCUCCGUCUCCUCCCGCCGCUCCGUCGUCCGUCGCGUUCUCCGUCUCCCCGUCGUCCGUCACGUUCUCCACCUCUUCCCGCCGCUCCGUCGUCCGCCACGUUCUCCGUCUCCCCGUCGUCCGUCACGUUCUCCGCCUCUCCGUCUUCUCGCCCCGCUACCCUGACGUCGUCCCGGUGGUAUUUUGCGGCCCGGCCGGAGGGUAGUUUUAUCACCACCGCCGUAGGUCCCGCUUUAAUUACCGUCACCGGGCCGAGCCACUUCGGCGCUAAUCCGGCGCAGAAGUUGCGACGGCCGGAAGAGAGUGGGUGAAGUCGGGCGUAUACCAGCUGGCCGGGGCUCAAGUCAGGUGGUGGGUGAGUUGUCCCGGGUGUUCGCAGUGCCUGGUACGCCUCCUGGUUGCGUCGCGCGGCGUCAUGCGUCUCGGCCAACCGCCUCAAGCGCAUCUCGGGGCUCUCUACAUCCGCCUCGAUCUGUUGUUGUUGGCGCACGUGGUAUUCCCCGGGGAGAGUGAGGUUCCGCCCCUGGACCAUUGUGGCCGGUGUCUCGCCGGUUGCAGCAUUCACCCGUCAUCGGAUGCAGUACAGUAUGUCGGGGAUGUGGGCAUCCCACUGGGCGUGGUCGUCCGAGAGUCUCAACCGCAGCUGCACUUUUACCUCCUGAUUCCGUCGCUCCGUGGGGUUUGCGCGUGGGUGAUAUAUGGGUGUGGUGUGCAGGAUGACCCGCCACUUCCUCCCCAGCUGCGCCCACCGGCGCCUGGCAAACUGAGUGGCGUUGUCUGUCAGCAGGACACGUGGGUAGCCCCACCUAGGGAAAAACUCUGUCUCUAGACUGCGCGCAAUGGUGCUGGCCCGGGCGUUCGUGAGGGGGUACGCCUCCACCCAGCGCGUAUAACAAUCCGUCACGACUAGCAAAAAUCGUUUCCCUCGCUGCGAUCGUGGAUACGGCCCCAUGAGGUCAAGGGCGACCGUGUGAAAGGGCUCCGUGGGUCGCCUAGGUAUCUGCUGAGCUGUCCCGUCUGUACGGUGUGCCUUGUGCCGCUGACAGUGCCGGCACUUCCGUACACAAUCUCGUACAAACUGGUUCACCCCUGGCCAGUAGAAUCGCCCCCGUACGUCGUGACGCGUCUGGUCUGCGCCGGGAUGUCCUGCUAGUCGGUUCACGUGGAACAUGUCUAAAACCUCCCGCCUCGUAGUUGACGGUGCGAAUGUCCGCCAUGGGUCGUCUGUCCCCUUCGGUCGUGCCUGGAGUAGCCCGUCCACCACCCGAGACAAUAAUAGUAUUAUCGUUAUUUUGAAAGUUAAUAUGUUUAUUUACUAACACUGCUAACAGAUGUCGCAUAGUUCGUGAAAUUUCAUUGCCUGAAAUUAACAGUAAGAAUUCAAUUGUGAACCGAUUUCACAGUUCGCACAGGUCGUGUGCACAAGUCGUGUGCAUGGCUUGCUAUGCACUCGCUUAAUUUUUUUAAUUGUGAACCCAGCCUUAGUCCUCAAAAAUACCAGCAGCUUGAAAUGUCCCCAUAGCGGCUUAAGCAUCCAUGUCUACAGCCUCCGAUAAGCCGCUGGUGGGAAGCUUUGACCUUGGCAUCUAGAGCCAUAUUGGAUUCUAGAUCUUUGCAUCUUUCGUUACAGCCGUCAUCUUGAAAAUCCAUAAUUUUUAUGCAUGAAAAUCAGGAAAAAAUUUUAAAUUUAUAAAAAAAUUAAUCAAAUUUUAAUAUUUUUUGUAGAAAAAAACACAUGUCAUGAAGUUCUUGGUUCGAACCCGGUGAGGACAAAAAAAAAAAUUGUGACAGAUCCUUUCUCGGGUACCCGCCAGUAGGCCUAAAAUAAUUUGGCCUAAAAUUAGGCUAAAUAUUUUUAGGCCAUGUGACUUUAUGCCAAACAAUAUUAGGUCAAAUGACUUUAGGUCAAAUAUCUUUAUGCCAAACGACUUUAGGCAAAAUAAUUUUAGGUCAAAUGACUUUAGGCCAAACAAAUUUAUGUCAAAUAGCUUUAGGCCAAAUAUGUUUAGGCCAAACGUCUUUAGGCCAAAUAAUUUUAGGUCAAAUAAGUUUCCGAAAAUUAUUUUAUGUCAAAUAAUUUUAGGUCAAACAAUUUUUGGUCAUUUGGUAGAAAGUAACUUUAUUUCUGGCAAAAGGAAGUGCUUGCACAUUUAGCUCUCUCUCUCUCUAUCUAUCUACCACACUCUUCGAACAUUCAACAUGGCUAGAAAACUUAAAAUAAGUUUAGUGAUGAACUUUUCUGUUCGCAAGUUUUUUGUUUGCUUGUUAUUUACAUAUUGCUUCUCUGGCGGUUAUUUUAAUAAGCGAAAUAAGUGAAUGAUUAUUUUAUUUUCUGGUUAAUUUGUUUAAUAAAUACCCCAUCCCUGGAAAAGUACAAUAAUGUGCACCACAUGUUCUAUGUGAGUGUCUUGUCAUACUGUCCUUAUCACAAUUGUGUGGUUCGAGUUGAGUGAACCAGAAUAAAUUAAUAAAUAACAUGAGUAAGACUUGUUUAACUAUAUUUUACUUAGGUGAUAGGUAAAUAUUCCCAAUAAAGAACUAACAGUAUCAGUAUCCAGUACCUAACUAAAUACAUAAAACCAACUGUAAACAUAACAUCAAUAAACAACACGGAAACUAUCUUUGGUCUACCAUCUGGCGAUCUCAGGUUCAGUCCAGCGGGUGAUCCUGUCAAGUUUAGUAGCGUAUCAACUAGAUGGCGCUGCAGCGCAUCAACUUCUAUCUUACACUGGCAGAAACAUAUCUACCGGGUUCUGCUAAUUAGCUAUAAAAUGCUCCAAUCAGGUUUUAAAGCAGAAAAAUUUGAUUGCCACACAAAAAUGACUUGCUGCAAAAAUUUUUUGUAGAUAUCAAAAACAUUUUCCAAUACAAAGUCAGUAUAAUUGUAGCCAACUUUUUUCCAAGUGAGAUUCACCAACUUGCAAAAAAAAACUUUCACUCAUACAGUAUUUUUUUGGGUAUUUCAAUUUUUUUUUUCUUAUUGAGUGCAUGCACUAUUUGCUUAACUCGACAAAUUAUUUAACACGUAAAUGGGAACCAGUUGUGACAUGGAGAACAAACUGACGCUACUUUCUAAGCGACACAUAGGUUUCAUCAGUAGCGGUUGUUAAAAUGCAUGUUGCUAUUAUCAACUGUAGGGCACAGAAAAUAUAUCUUGUUACUUUAUGUCGGUAAUCCAAAUGUUCUGUUGUGCACACACUGUAACAGCGAUAAUUGGAAGAAUAAAAGACAACAGAUAAGUGUAAUAAAAGUCUCGUCUAAAUGACAGUACAAUAAUUAACUGCAAACAUUACCAGCUAUAAUUUAACCCAAAGCAUCUCGAAAAUAAUUUCCUUUAGAUUUAUUGGAAAUGUAUUUUAUUCACGCACUAGUUAUUUCACAUUAAUUUGUGUUUACUUGUAACCAAAACAAUAAUAAUCUAUGUAAACACAGUGUAGGAUAGUACUUAAAAAUAACAAAGAAUUUGUGCAGAAAAAAAAAAGGCCUUUCAAAGCUGACUCAACUGUUUGUUAAAUAAAUUGCUUUUUGUUUAAUUUAUUGUUUAGUAUAAUAAAUUACAGUAGUUUACAUAUAUUCUUUAAUUCAAAACAUGAGUCUGAUUUAUAAAUGUUAUUUUCCAUCAUCUCUACCAAUACCUAUGCUAUCACUUAGAUUGUUUUUUUUACAAACGCAAAACAAGUUUUAUAUUAGUGAGAAAAUUUGCAAUUUACAGCUAUAAUAAUCUUGUAAACUGCAAUUCUGUGUGCAUUUUAGAAAUUUUUGUAUGUCUAAAUAAAGGGUUGUAAAUUAUUGCUCUAUAAACCCUACAGCUCAACAUAAUAGCAUAGCUGGAAGUAACUAAAACAUUCUACUAUUUGAUAGAAGUAACUGUUAAAAGAUAAGAGUUAAUUAUUCUAAAAAACAGUUUUAGGCCAAAUACCUUGUUUUCGUCUGCUGGAGACCACCAUCUUGUUUUCAUCUGCUAGAAUGCACAACUGUCAUAUUAGUUAAAGUUUUAUCCGCUAGAGUGCAGCUAGAGGCGCCUACUAUCUUGAAAUGUUGAUGCCAUCAUCGAAAUUCGUAAUUAUUUAGCUGGAAAUUUGGGAAAAAUUCCAAAAUUCAUUACGAAAAUUUGAAACCAAUAACUGAUUGAUCCGAUCAGUUCCUGUCCUUGGUUCAAUACUUGAUCGAAGCAAUGUCGUGUCUUUGUCUCGUUUCAACUGUUGUGUUUUUUUUGGGUUCAAUAUUUAUGUGCUGACAUCAUGUGUAUUUCGUUCUCUUCUGUUUUUGGAAGUUUUUGUCUUUUGUGUUUUUUGUAGUUUUCUUCUACAGACAUACAUGUGCUUAGGAAUGGCGUAUGUCCAAAAGCUUACAUCAAGUCAUGCACUCCCAUUGCACAAAUCUUUCAAAGAUAAUAAAAUCACCCGUAAUAAACUACAGUUAAAAUUUAAUGCCUAAGUAUGUCGCCUGCAAAGUUCCGUAUCAAAAUGUUUGGUUAAGUGUGUUUUUGCACAAGAAUGUUCUUUUGUGAUUCAUAAGUCCGAGAGCACAAAGGUCACUAAGGGUGACUAGCAGGUGCUUCAGGUGCAUAUAUUAGAUUCUAAGUGCAAAGCGUUAAAAAUGGCGCGCAAUCUGCAUUUCUGUGUAUUUAAACCGGUGGUAAUUUUAUUGUAAGACCUAAUUAAUUGCCUUUUAAAAGCUCCCUAUUCAAAAAAUAAGCAGUAUAAAUAAAAAACAGUGUCAUGUAUAAUUUUUUUUGUUUGAAUUAUCACGACACCACUAAAAAAUCUAAGGUAGUUUGAGAUCUCGCAGUGUUAACUAAUCCAAACUACAGAUAGAAGAACAGAGAUAAUUUUUUUAUCAAAUCACGAUUUUUUAAUUUGGUUUCGAAAGUAAAAAAAAAAAUCUAUAUCAAUAGUAAACAUGUACAAGGUAAUAAAGUCUGUACAUUGAAUAAAAUUUAAAAAAUAUACUGUAAUUGGCUACUAAAAUUAUUUAAAAACAAAAAAAAAUUGUUCAAGAAUUGUGUCUGUUCGUUUGUUGUGUGACGUCACCAUCACAGUCGUUACUGCAUAUCUGUGCAGUUUGUGAUUACUUCAUUUAUUUAUUUUAUCUUUGUCGUAUUUCUCUCAGCAUUUAAUUUUUUUUUUGAUCGUUGUUGCUGUGUUAUAAGCUUAUAAGCGAAAGUACCUCUAUGGAAAAGGGAAUACUAGAAUGGCUUCAAAAAGAAGGAAAGUUUUUUGGAAGGCCAUGUUGAUUUAAGUUGUUUUUGUGAAUAAUGUUUGAUCAAUAUAGGACGAUUUGAUGGAUAUUUAAGUAAGUGUACAGAUAUUAUUUGGUUUUAAUUAGAGUGAGAGUUAAAAUUAUAUAUUAUGUCAGUUCGUACAUUAAUGGCAUACACAUUCUUGACGCAAAAGGAAUUGAAGUUAUAAAUUUUUUUUAUCAAUAGUAAUCAUAACGUAAAUCGUCUCAUACCCAGCGGUUAGAUUGAAGAGUUUCAAACAUUUUUUCCCUGAGCUAGAAAAAGGCUGGACAUUGUAAAAUGGAAAUAUUAUUUAUUACUAUUAUUCUGACAUACCAUAUCACAAACUAAGGACUCUUGAUUAAGCCAUGUCCAACGUAAAUCCAGGAGAUUAACAAGUCAAAGGUUGUACCGUCUGGCUUAUUAUUAAACUUACCUUUGAUAUGGUUGUUAAUUAUAAUAAAUGGUAAUAUUUAAUUAAAUAAGGUGUCACAGAAGAAGUGGAACCCAUCAGUGGGGCACGAGUAGUGAGACGACACAAUAAUUAUAAUUAUUGUUUAUUUUGUGUUGUAUAUAUUUUGUCUUUAUGAUUACCUAGUUUGUUUCAUACACUAUUGAGCUAUGCCACGUCUUAAUCCCAUUGUUUAUAGCUUAAGGAAUCGAACCGAAGGAUCGACUGAUGUGGACGAGAAUUUAGAAAUAGUAACACAGUUAUCAAACAGCGAUACAUUGACCGCAAAUUCGAAAGAAUUGAGUAUGUCAGGAUCACUUGAAAAUCAUGCCCAAUUGUUAGACACACACGCAGGAGAGAGUGAGAGCGAGAAGCGGCCCAUAACAGAUACACAACCGGCUCUACCUCCAUCUACACCACCACCUAAUGUUGAGUUACCCACUUAUGACAUGGAUAUCACAACCGGCGGCUUGCAUAGUCUAGUGCCAUCAGAUAAUGUAGCAGCUAGUGUAGCUACUUUUCAGCCUGCUACUGUCACUAAUUUUAGUGCAGCAUCUGUACCCACACCUACCAUCAUUGACAUGGAAGUAUUACUACAAGUGCUGAAUAAUCUUUCAGCUAAGAUAGAUCAGGGACAGGUUGAUCUUUCAGCUAAGAUAGAUCAGGGACAGGCUGAGCUUUCAGCUAGGAUAAACCAAAUGCAGGGUAACGUAAAUAACGUACAGGAAUGUAUUGAAAUGCGUUUGUCAGAGCAGAAAGAAGCACUAGAGCGGUUAACUGAACAGGUAGCACAAGGUCAUUCUAGAAUAAAUGAUCUGGAGUCUAGUACAACAGCUUUACUAGUUACGGCCAGGGAAGAACGUCAACGAAUCCAGGAUCAGUGUGUUCGCAAUCAUACUGUACUUAGGGAAGAAAUGCACGGACAGACUGAACAGUUACAGUUGCGUCUCGAACAAGUAGAAGAGGCUACCGUAACUUUAUCUAGUCGGAUCGAUACACUGAGUAACGAGUGUACGCAGUUAGCAGAGAAGGCGGCUGACUGUCACACGGUACAGCUGUGCCAGCGCGUCGAAAGUCGAUUGAAUAACCAGUUCAGUGUUCAGCAACACCUGGAAAGUCAAGUGAAGGAGCUGGAGCGGCGGUUUCAGGGAUUAGACACAGACCAGGUCCCUAGAUUACCCACACAACCGAGUGACAAUCCAGUACACAGCAACAGGGGCGCUAACGGACCAGCAGAGUCACUAGUUACACAAACAUCUGAGCGAUCCGUGCUGAAUGCUACCGUGGGCGGUCUUACCAUCGAUCAGGCUGCACUACUACACCACCCAGCUAGGCAGUGGAGUGAAUCUAUGCCAACAUUUACGGGCAAGGCAACAGAAAACCCCAUACGAUUCCUAAAUAAAUUUGAGGAAUAUGCCCGCACAUUCGGUCUUAACGACACCGAAAAACUUAAAUGUUUGGGCUCUGCGCUCAGAGGAAAUGCGUUCUACUGGUAUGAAAUGUUACAGACAACUACCACGUCAUACCAGCAAUUCAUUGACAUGUUCAGGCAACAAUACUGGAGUCUGAGGACGCAAGGCAACUUGAGGGCCCAAUUACACACUGAGCGAUAUGACCCCAAGAAGGGCAUGUCAUAAGAAGCCCACAUUUCUAGUAUGUAUGAGAGGACUCGUUAUCUAGAUUUGGUUAUGUCUGAUGCUCGGAUGUGUCAGCAGAAAUCAUUUUCAGAAUGUUCGGGGUAUGUUGCAACAGAAUUUUUUCUAAAGUAUGCAUGGGCGUUAGUGUAUAUUUUGACAUUGUGGAAUUGUUGGCUUUUUUUAUCUAAGCCUUUUAUCGAUAUUUAUAAAACCUAAAAAAACUGUUUAUUAGCAAGCAUUUAUAGGGACAUAUGGUUUAUAUACUGCCGUCGUUUGACUCAUAUAACUGUUUCCUUAUAUUUUUUUAAUUAGUAGUCUGUAAAGAUGGAUUUUCUUGUAGCUUUUUUUAAAUUUAUGUUAAUGGUUUUCAUACAACAGCCGGGAGACCUCCAGACAUUAUGAAAAGCAUGCAGCUAUGCACCACGUAUUACAUCUGAUGGUAUGCAUCAAUAUGUUCAAUCAUGUUUACAUUAUGGUGGAGUAUAAAUCUGGGGGGCUGAGCUUUCAGAGCACACAAGUUGACUUGCAGAUCAUAACGCACACAUAUAACCAUUGUAUACCCACGAGAUUCUAGUUAAUUAAUACCGCUCCCCACAGAGGGAGUAUUCGAGCUGAAGAUUCGUAUAAAAUCAUAUAUUUUCUCUGAGUCUGCAGUGAAACGGUAAAAUGAUAAUAAUGCUAAACUUUUUUUCCUUCACUGCUUGAGGUUGAGCGAAGCCUUCCUUCUCUUGUGGCUGUGAGAAGACAUCCUACAUUCACAUAUAAAUUAAAUAGAAAUUUACGACACAUAAUGUGAAGAUAACUGUAUUAUUUAAUGCUAACUGUUGAAAUGAAUUUAUAUUAUUCAAAACAACUCUAUUUUUUUACACACUUAUACUGUGUUGUGAAGGAGUGCUAAGAUUUUGUGAAUUGUUUUACACCUUUUCUGUCUUAUUGUUGAAUGUGCUGGAAUUUUUUGAGAUAUUUUGUUCAAGAAAGUAGAAUAUUCAUGGGGAAAUAAAAAAUAAUUACAAUCAAUUAUAAGGGGAAGUACCCAAAUAAGAGAUAGGCGGCUAAAAAGAGACACUGAGAUAUCCAGCCCGAUAGGUGCUGCCACCUCUCGGCUAGAGCAGUUACUUGCUGCGUGUGAUCGUCAGACACCAUCUCCGUGCGUCGCAAAGCAACAGAAAGUAUUCGGCGGAACGGACACGUAAUUUCUUUUGUAUGAGGUAACUUAAUUCUCGCUAAUGAAAUAUGAAAAAAUUCUAUUUAAGUAAUGGAUCGAAUUUAAAACACUCAGUUUUGCAUCUGGCAUUGGUCUCAGUAACUAAAAUGAAUCUUUAUUCGGUGUCUGACGUUGUAUCGAGAGGGCACAGGUGUAAGUUUUGCAGCAAAGAAUUUAUCUUGAGAAAGAAUGGAAGACAACACGAGAAGAAUGACUGUGUUAAAAAUCCACUACGCAAUAAGAUAAGUUGUAUUUGAUGUAGCAAGUCGUUUACGCGGAAAGGUAGCUUAAAAAGGCAUAACAGAACUUGUAACGUAAAGCCUGCAUACAAGCUAGAGGACAACGAUGGAUCUACUAGACUAAGGAAGCGUUAUCUGCAUUACGACAAUAAUUUUCCUUGUCUUGGGAGAGAUUAUGUUCGUGGCUCUUCCGAUCUCGACAAAGAACUUAAAUUGAAGGAGGUUGAUGAUUUUUGGAAGAAUGAAGACAAUGGAAGAAUCCUUAACGUGAAAAGUGAGAAUACAUUCCAGCCGAAUUCAAGUAGAUCUUUCCUACUUUGUAAAAAUGAUGGACUCCUAAAGAAGACGAUGAAGACACUUCAACAUCAUCGAUAUCAAAUUCUUACGGUAAUCUGGGUGAAGACGAUGCCUUCUACGGUGAUUGCUACAGUGACUCUGAGGCUGAUGACAAAGGCAUAGACUGUGAUGAAGCACCUAACGCUGACAAGAUCGAAGAAUGUGGUGGUGUCCCGAGACCGAAACGAUGGAAACGACUUGUUAUAAUAAAUAAAUCAGAUAAAGCUUAUUCUUAUCACUGGACGAUUGUGAUAUUAAAAGUAUUUAUAAUAAACAAGCAAGUAAGAUGGUGGUAGAAGAGAUUGAUUACACCUCAUGGAAAGAUCCAAACAUAUUGGUUGACCGGCUAAGACGUCUACAUGGUUCGCUUUGUGCAGGAAACUAUUUGUGCAUCAAUGAAAUAUCCUUCAUACUCAAAGAACUUCGGAAAGCUGGCUACAUACAUUAAUGGCUUGUUUUACUUGCAUUUGUAUAAUGUUAAGAAAUAAAUUAAAUAUUGAAAGUAAAAAUUUAAUGUUUAUAUUUCUUGUAUUCUGAUUUCUUACUAAGACUUAGUUCUCGUAAAUUGUGCUUCCAAAUGUGCUGCCUUUUUAAUGGUUCUUUCAAAUGUGGUAUCUUUUUGUUGAUUGCACGUAGUAAAAUCUCUAGUGACUGAAUAUUUACUAGUUCAAAACCUCUUGGUGUUACUAAAAUAUUUUUCAAGGUCACUUGGUACUUUAGUAUGUAUAAAAAUUUCCCGAUGGUCUAAUUGACUGUAAUUAGCUAAAGACGAAGAAGGUCAUGCGGUGACUGAAAUGACUAGCCUAUACGUCUGAUAUUGUCAUGACUCGGUCUCAUGGUCCGGAGCCACUUGGGCCUGUAUGUGUGACUUUGUACAUAAACGAUUUAUAGGUUAUUCAGAUUAUCGAAAAAUUCGACUUUCAUGUAAGACAUAGCGGUACUGUAUUUAAUUCGUUGGUCAGGUAUAUUGUCUUGAGUUGUUUUUCGUAGAGUGAAUGAUUAAUAAAUUCAACGAAAGGUAAUGGAAAAAAUAUAUAAAUACAUAUAUUAAAUAUUUAGUUACACCUGUCACUGGUCAAGAAUCUAACCGAGGAUAGGAAUCCGUCGAUUCAAUAUGUAAAUUAAUGAGUGAUUAAUUUAAUGAAUUUUGGAUAUUUUUCCGAAUUUCUAGCUAAAUAAUUACACGAAUCCAAGAUGGUGACCAAAUUUCAAUAUGGUGGGCACCUCAGUAGUAAUAAAUGAUUACUGCUCUCUAGCGGGUUAGAAUAAAACUAGUCUGAUAGUAAUGAUAGUAAGACGAGUACACACACAAGAUGGUGUCCUCCAGCAGACGAAAACAGGAAGGUGGCCUCCAGCGGUCGAAGACAAUGUGGCGGACAUGGUGUCAUAUAGGUUGACGAUAUAUAUAUAUAUAUAUAUAUAUAUAUAUAUAUAUAUAUAUAUAUAUACAUAUACACACACACACACACACACACCUUGGUAUUGGUGGUGUGAGGUGAGUCUGUAUGUGGUUUCUGUGGAGGAAGGAUCUGUUUUUUUUUUUGCUCUUACCGGUUUCGAACCAUAGAGGGGUAUCAAUCUAAUCAAUCAUUAUAUAGAUUACAAAUUUAUUUAAUGAAUUUUGAAAUUUUUUUCAUUAAAAUCGUAUAAUAAAUAAAGAUUUUCAAGAUGGUGCAUUUCACGAUAAUUGAAACAAGUGGUGACAACAAAACGACGAGAGUGGUGUAAGUCAUUUUUAUUACUUUUAAUUGAGAAUUCUUUACAUAUCAUAAUAAAUUACUGGUUUACUCUCGCCGGAAAUCAAACCGAGUACCGAAAUCGUUUAAAUAACUAAACAUUUGAAGUAGGAAAUUUUUAAAUUAUUUUUUGGAAUUUUUUUCGGAAUUUCCAGCAAAAAAAUUACAGAUUUUCAAGAUUACGACCGUAACGAUCAUUGCAACAGUUACGUCUUAAUACAAGAUGGUGGUUCUGUCUCAAACAGGUGUUGCUCAUUAUUACUUAAAAUUAAAAAAAAUUACAAGUCCGAAUAUGCAUAUAAUUUUUAUAUAGACCUUAUUUAAUUAUCAGUCUGGUAAAUGUAUCCAUGGCCGUGCCGUUAAAGGUGUAUGUUUUCCAACCUAGAGAUCAGAGCUACGAGGGUUCGAAUCACAGCGCUUCCAAUAAAGUUUGUAUAAAAAAAUUAAUUUAAUAUGUCCAUAAGGACCAUAAAAGCUAUGUUAGGUAAUGGAACAUCAACCUUACGUAAUGAGACAGAACAAAGCGGGCACACUCUAUAUUCAAUGUGUGGGAAUGUUAUCUACUUGUACAAUUUAAUGUAAAUUAAACAAAUAAUCAUAAAUGAUUACAAUGAUUACGAAUUUAAACCCAUUAUAACGAUAGUAGUCGGUUUAGCUAAUACAUCAAACAAAAUCUCUCAGUAAAAUAUGAAUGAAAUAUUUUUACUUAAAUGCACUUAAAUAAGUAUUAUGAAGUAGAAAAAGGUCAAAACGUAUCGUAAGAACCUAUUUAUAACGAAAGAAGUUUACGUAAAUAAAAACAAUUUUCAAUUAUUAAAAGCAUGAUUAUAUAUAAAUAAAUCAUUGUAAAGGUCUCAAAUGUGUGGAAAUGUUAUCUACUUCAACCUUUGAAUGUGAAUUAACAGAAAUUAUCUUAAAUGAUACCAAUGUAAAUGAAAUAAAACCAAUUAUAACGAAUUAUUUCGGAAAAAUAUUACAUCAAACCCAAUCAUUUGAAACAAUAUAAAUAAAUUGAUUUCAACCCAAAUGUACUUAUUUAAGUAAAACAAAGUAGAAAAAGAUCAAAAAGCAUCAAUAGAACCCAAUUAUAACGAAAUAAGUUUACUUGAAUAGAAACAAAUCUAAUGAUUAAAUUAAUGAUUUAAACUAAAUAAAUCAUUGGAUAGGACUCAAAUGUGUGGAAAUGAUAUCUUCUUGAACAAUUUUAAGUGUAUUAACUAAAAUAAUCAUAAACGAUACCUAUGAAUACAAAUUAAAUCAAAUUAUAACAAUAUUAUUCGGUUAAAUUAAUACAUAAAACAAAAUCACAAGGUACAAAAUGAAUGCAUGAUUUUUACUUCAAUGCACUUAAUUAAGUCAUAUGAAGUAGAAAAAGGUCAAAAAGUAUCGUAAUAACCUAUUUAUACGAAAUAAGUUUACUUGAAUAGAAACAAUUUCCAAUUAUUAAAUGCAUGAUUUAAUCGAAAUAAAUGAUUGGAAAGGACACAAAUGUGUGGAAAUGUUAUCUACUUGUACAAUUUAAUGUGAAUUAACCAAAAUUUUCAUAAAGGAUUACAAUGAAUACGAAUUAAAUCCAAUUAUAUCGAUAUUAGUCAGUUAAACUAAUACAUCAAACCAAAUCACUCGGUACAAUAUGAAUGAAAUUAUUUUUACUUAAAUGCACUGAAAUAAGUAAUAUGAAGUAGAAAAAGGUCAAAAAGUAUCGUAUGAACCUAUUUAUAACGAAAUAAGUUUACUUGAAUAGAAACAAUUUCCAAUUAUUAAAUGCAUGAUUAUAUAUAAAUAAAUCAUUGUAAAGGUCUCAAAUGUGUGGGAAUGUUAUUUUCUUGUACAAUUUAAUGUGAAUUAACCAAAAUAAUCAUAAACGAUUCAAUUGAAUAUGAAAUAAAUCCAAUUAUAACGAAUUGAUUCUGAAAAUUAUUACAUCAAAUGAAAUCACUCGAAACAAUAUAAAUAGAUUGAUUACUACCCUAAUGUACUUAUUUAAGUAAAACAA